GCAUCAUAAAGCAGCACGUACGCACUAAGUACACUUAACAUAAUCUAAUCAAAAUGGCUUCUUCUAAGCCUAGUUACUACCUAAGCCUUCUCUUCUCCAUCGCUUGCCUCCUCUCGCUGCUCCCACUCUCGGCGGCGAACCCGUCGCCGUCGCCGCCGCCGCCAUGCGAGAAGUCCGACAAGGAGAUGAGGUUCUUGUUCUCGCGGUGGAUGGCCCAGUACGGGAAGGCGUACUCGUGGCCGAUCGAGCACGAGAAGCGGUACCAGAUAUGGAAGGACAACUCCAACUUCAUCGGCUCGUUCCGGAGCGAGACGGAGAUCUCCUCCGGCGUCGGCGCGUUCGCGCCGCAGACCGUCACGGACUCCUUCGUCGGCAUGAACAGGUUCGGCGACCUCACCCCGGGCGAGUUCGCCGAGCAGUUCACCGGGUUCAACGCCACCGGCGGGCUGCUCCACGCCGCCCCGCCGCCGUGCCCGAUCCCGCCCGACUCGUGGCUGCCGUGCUGCGUCGACUGGCGCUCCAGCGGCGCCGUCACCGGCGUCAAGUUCCAGCGCUCCUGCGCGUCGUGCUGGGCGUUCGCGGCGGCGGCGGCCAUCGAGGGGCUGAACAAGAUCAGGACCGGCGAGCUGGUGUCGCUGUCGGAGCAGGUGAUGGUGGACUGCGACACCGGGAGCAGCGGCUGCAGCGGCGGCCGGGCCGACACGGCGCUCGGCCUGGUGGCCGCCCGCGGCGGCGUCGCGUCGGAGGAGGAGUACCCGUACACCGGCGUCAGGGGCGGCUGCGACGUGGGGAAGCUGCUGUCCGGCCACUCGGCGUCGCUGUCGGGGUUCCGCGCCGUGCCGCCCAACGACGAGCGGCAGCUGGCGCUGGCGGUGGCGCGGCAGCCGGUGACGGCGUACAUCGACGCCGGGGCGCGCGAGUUCAUGUUCUACAAGGGCGGCGUGUACCGGGGGCCCUGCUCCGCCGAGAGGGUGAACCACGCCGUCGCCAUCGUCGGCUACUGCGAGGGCUUCGGCGGCGACAAGUACUGGAUCGCCAAGAACUCGUGGGGCAGCGACUGGGGCGAGCAGGGCUACGUCUACCUCGCCAAGGACGUGUGGUGGCCGCAGGGCACCUGCGGCCUCGCCACCUCGCCCUUCUACCCGACGGCCUGACGCCGCCGCCGCCGUCGCCGG